AUGGCCUUCCAACUCUUCUCCCCUCCAAUUUUGCGCCUAGGUCUAGGCCUCGGCAUCGGUCUCUCCGCCGCAACUCUCCAUCCCCUCUCUCCCUUCCGCGCAGCCCCCCUCCAAUGCCAAUACAGUGCGCCCAGUCACACCGAGUCACAGGCAAAUGCCGACUCUAACUGGGCUGUCAAGUCUGACCACCCUCUUCUGCAGAAGCAGGGUCGGACAGGAAUUGCCGAGAAAGCAAAGGCUGCGUUCCUGUCGCCAGAUAAUAUGCGGCAGAUUAGCAUGGGGAGUGUUUUGGGUCUUGUUGCUGGUGUUGGAUUGAGGGCUUUCUCGCGGGUGCUGGUUGUUGUACUGGGUAUGGGUAUUGUGUUCAUUGAGUGGGCUGCGUCGAAGGGUUACAACAUCCUGCCUCUGGAGCGUAUCCAGAAGCUUGUUAAGAAGGUUGAUGUGCAGGCAGCUGUGAGCUCGCACCGUCCCUUCAAGGUUAGUUUCGGAACUAUGAUGGCGCUUGCGGCGUUUGCGCAGUUCUAA